GGUUAACGGAACAAACAUCAAACAAGUCAUAGUUGUUCACCGUCUCUUACUUCUAAGCUCUUCUUCUGCAACAUGACCUCUUAGCACUGUCUCUGGGAAUGAUAUGAUGAAUAUCUACUCCAGGAAACUCCAUCGUUUCUGGUUUAAGGUUUCGUUCUUUCUUCUUCUUCUUCUUCUUCCUCCUCCUCCUUCCUCUGCUCUUGACAAUGAUGGGGCUUCUUUGCUUUCUUUCAAAUACUCCAUCCUCAGCGACCCAUUAUCAGUGUUAGAGAGCUGGAACUAUGACGAUGAAAACCCAUGCUCGUGGAAUGGAGUUACCUGCGAUGAAAUCGAAAACCCAGGUACUAUGCUGAGAGUGACUUCCUUGGUUCUUCCUAACAGCCAGCUUCUGGGUUCGAUUUCGGAAGAACUAGGAAACAUCCCAUACCUUCGACGUCUCGAUUUGUCCACAAAUUUCCUUAAUGGGUCUUUACCCACUUCUAUUUUCAACUCUUCGGAGCUUCAGGUUCUCUCGCUUGCCAACAAUGUCAUCUCCGGUGAGCUGCCUGAGUUGAUCGGCCAACUGAAAAAUCUUCAAGUUCUUAACCUCUCCGACAAUGCUUUUGCUGGGUCAGUGCCAGAAAAUCUCAUUGGUUUGAAAAAUCUGACCUCUGUGUCUCUGAGAAGCAACUACUUUUCUGGUCAAGUUCCUAGUGGGUUCAACUCUCUGCAAGUUCUAGAUCUGUCUUCGAAUCUGCUUAAUGGCUCUUUACCAAAUAACUUUGGUGGGAAACGAUUGAGAUACUUGAAUCUAUCUUACAAUAAGAUUUCAGGAAUCAUUCCUCCUAAAUUUGCUUCACUGGUUCCAGAAAACUCUACCAUUGAUCUUGCAUUCAACAAUCUGACUGGACCAAUACCAGAAUCUCCCGUCCUUCUGAAUCAGAAAACAGAGUAUUUUGUUGGAAAUGGUGAUCUUUGUGGGAAGCCUCUGGAAAACCUAUGUUCUAUUCCUUCUACGCUCUCUAUUCCUCCAUCGAACACAACAGCAAACGCAUCUUCGGCACCUGCGAUUGCAGCGAUACCAAAAACAAUCGACACAAACCCAGAAACAAGCACAACAACAAACGACUCAUCCAAUGGCCUAAAACCGACCACAAUAGUAGCUAUUGUCCUCGGAGACUUGGCCGGUAUAGCCAUCAUAGCCAUGGCCAUUUUCUUCGUCUGCCAUCAAAGAAUCACAAGAGAUCAAGCCAAAGCAAAAGAAGACCCAUGUGUGAGAGUGAAACCUCCUAAGCUUCACUUUUCCUGCUUGACAACCAAGGAAGACUCAACUUCAUCAGAAGCAACCGGGUCUGACAGUGACUAUGAGAGUACUAAUAUUGGCACGACAACCUCGAAUUAUCAAAAACAAGUGUCUCUUGUCACACUAGACGCAGAGACAGAGCUGGAUUCGGAGACUCUGCUCAAGGCUUCAGCGUAUAUGCUGGGAACGACGAAGCGUGAGUGUAUAGUAUACAGAGCAGUGCUUGAGGACGGAAGGGCUUUUGCAGUAAGAAGGAUCGGAGAAUGUGGGUUUCAGAGGAAGAAGGAUUUUGAGAAUUAUAUGAAGACUAUUGCCAAGAUUCGCCAUCCCAAUUUGGUCAAGGUUCGUGGGUUUUGCUGGGGAGAAGAUGAGAAGCUCGUGAUCUGUGAUUAUAUUCCCAGUGGCAGCCUCGCUGGCAGCUUCAGCCACAAAAGAGCAGGGUGUUCCUCUCCACUGAACUGGCCAUUGGAGGUGAGGUUGAAGAUAGCAAAAGGAAUUGCACGAGGCUUAGCUUUCAUUCACGGAAAGAAACAUGUUCAUGGCAACAUCAAACCCAGCAAUAUCUUAUUGAGCUCAGAAAUGGAACCUAUAAUAAGCGAUUUUGGGCUCAACCGUCUGAGGUCUGCCGGUUCAAUGGCGAACCGGGGAAGCCAGCCGGACCUCCCUCACAUGGUUUCAUCAAGUGGAACCCACCAAACGUUGGCGUAUCAAGCCCCAGAGUCUCUUCAAAGCGUUCACGUCCAACCCAAGCCCAAGUGGGAUGUGUACUCGUUCGGGAUAGUGUUGUUGGAGCUUCUCAGUGGGAGGGUUUUCUCGGACCGGGAGUUAGACCGGUGGGCUAAAGAGGGCGGGUCAGUGGAAGAGGAAAAAAACCGGGUUUUGAGGAUGGUUGAUCUGGGCAUCAAGGGUGAGGUGGGAGGGAAGGAAGAAACCAUAUUGGUGUGCUUCAAGUUAGGGUUUCGUUGUGCCUCUCUUAAGCCUCAAAGGAGACCAUCCAUGAAAGAGGCUUCACAAAUCCUAGAGAAAAUCCCUAAUAAUUAAAUAUUAUUUGCUCCUUGUUAAUUCUUCACGACAAUGAUGUACUCGGGAUCCUUUAUCACAUUAAAUUCUGAGAACCAUCCUUUUCCCAAGUGUUUCAAAAAUGUCUGGAUGUAAUAGAAGAGUCAUUCCAUUCCACUUUAUGUAAUUAUUCAACUAGGGUGUGAUUGCAAAUAGUAAGCAUGAGGUUUAAGUAUAAAUAUGAGAGUAUUUUCAACUUUUGACUAAUUUAUACCACCUUCAUUAGGCUGCAAUGUUAUUUUUUAUCUUUC